UUAGAGUUCAAUGCAACAUUCACUUGUGACAAUUCAAUGGAAAUGUUUGCUGUUGGUCAAAGCCUCGGAACGAACAGUACCUACCUUGUACCAGGAAACACACGAGUUCUUUCUGUAGCCGGGAAAGACUUGGGAGGAAAUUUUGGAAUACUCGGCUCCAUGAGCAACGGGCUGGUAACUGAUGAAUCCUGGAAAUGCAGCAGCUUUCCGUAUCCCGGAUGGAAUUUCCCGGAUUUUGAUGACCAGGGCUGGCAUUCUGCAAACGUUAUUGCAAACCAUGGCGACAAUCCUUGGAAUACAAUGAAUGGUAUCGCAACGGCAGCCAAGUGGAUAUGGGCUAAUAACAAAAGCGACACUGCCUAUUGCAGACUGAAUCUAAAGUAA